GGCUAAGGAUAAGAUAGAACAAAAUUGCCAUGAAAGUGAAAGGAUUAAGUAUAAAGCCACCCCAACAUGCUUGUGCAUCCCAUUUCCAACAUCUCCAAACCCACCAACCCAAACCAACUCACCACCCCUCCUCCGAUGGAUCCGCCACCAGUCCCUUCCCUUCCCACCCUCGCUGCUUCCGCUACUCCCACUGCUGCCACCGCUGCCACAGCCAUUCAAGCUGCUGCCACCUCCAUGCACCUUAAUUACCCUGACUCCGUUGAUUCCUCCCCCCGCUCACGCACUGCCGACUCAUAUGACGAUCCUCUACCUCCUGUGCCCGGUGCUAAACUCCGCUUCAUGUGUAGCUACGGCGGUCACAUUAUGCCCCGCCCCCACGAUAAGGUACUGUGUUAUGUUGGUGGCGAGAUCCGCCUUGUGGUGGUGGACCGACACUCUUCUUUCUUGGUGCUCUGUACCCGCCUUUCGCGGACCCUCCUACACGGCCGCCCCUUCACGUUGAAGUACCAGCUUCCCAACGAGGACCUUGACUCCCUUGUAACCGUCACCACCGACGAGGAUCUUGAGAACAUGAUUGAAGAGUACGACCGCAUCACGGUGGCUUCUGCCUCUUCCGCGUCGUCUCUUAGAAUCCGCUUGUUCCUGUUUUUUAACAAACCGGAAACAGUAGCGUCCAUGGGGGCCCUACUAGCGGAUCCCAAAUCGGAGACAUGGUUCGUCGAUGCGCUUAAUGGGUCAAUGUUGCUUCCUCGUGGGCAAUCGGAUUCUGUUACCAUGGAUUGCUUGCUGAAUCCAGAUAGUGAUUUGGAAGCGCUAGUAGAAGGCAGAGCAGAGGGGGAGAACAAGGAGAUGAAGAACGGUACGGCGGCAAUCCACGAUGUACAACAUUCGAUGCUUGACUCGCCUAUGGUGGAGAACGCUUCGUCCUUUGGUUCAUCUUCUUCAACGCCGUCAAUGGCAAACUUACCGCCGAUUCGAGUCCGGGUUGAAGAAGGUGGGUCGGCUAAAAUGCUGGACCAUAGGGUGGGGAUAGAGGAGCAAUUUGCGCAGAUAAAUUUUGCCUCCGCUAAUAUGCAUAAGCAAGGUGAUGGGAUCAGGGUGGCGGUGCCUCUGGCCCCGCAUCCAGCAACGGUUGCUGCUGCUAUGACAGCGGAUGUUGCGACUAUUAAUCCUGCAGAUGGGUCUAGUGAGAGCAUGAAUCAGAUUUUGUCCGAUGACGAAAGGUCGGAUCAAGGGGUGCCCACCGGAUUCCGCAAACCUCCAUUGUCGUUGCAGCCUGUGCAUUAUAAAGCAGGUGGAGCUGCUUAUAAUUUGCCAUCUCCUGAUUCAGUUGCAAGUGAUGCUUCGGCAAGUUCUUUCUCAAAGCCCUUGUGCCAUAAUGAGCAGGCUCAUGCUGUUUCUAGUCCCAACAACAAUGUUGAUGCUUCGAUGUCAAGCUCUCACAUCCAAAUUCAACAAGUUCAGGAUCUAGGACAUGGAUUGCCUCUACAUCUAGAUCAACAACAGCAUCAGCAACAACAACAAUUUGUACACACUAGCAUGCAUUACAUCCCUCAUCCGGCCACUGGUACAGUGCCAAUGCCAUCUUACUAUCCAGUCUAUGCUCCUCCAACCCAACAGCACCAUCCACACCCACUAGAUCAGCAGUACCCUGUAUAUGUAUUGCCUGUUGCAGCACGAGCAGAGUCAUACAUGACUGUGCAAUCUAACAUACUUGAUGCUAGUGUUGUGGCCUUAAGCCACCCUGUAACAACUCCAAAUCCUUCUGUGGUUACUUCCUCUGCAGCUCACAAAGAUGCCAUCCCUCCUAUUUACCCUACAAAAGUUGCUCCUACCACUGGUAAAGCUGAGAUGGCUGCAACGAUGUACAGAGUGGCUGUGACACCACCUCAACAAAUGGUUCAAGUUCCCUCGAAUCAAUUUCAGCAACAAUAUGUGGGUUUACCUCAAAUGCAUCACCCAUCACAGUCAAUUGCAGUUGCUCCUGCUACCGCAGCUAAUUAUGGAUAUGAGCAUGCAAAUUCUACCCAUGAUCAAAUGUAUUACACGCAGCAUCAAGCUACUUCACAGAAUCCACAGUACCAAACUAUGACUCAAGCAGCAGCAGCUGCGGCAUUGGCAGAUGCUUCAAACCAGAUGCCUGCGGACAACACCAAGCAACAGUAAAUAUAGACAAAAAGGAAACAAUUUUGGUGGAGUGACUACACUCUUUCAACAAUGUUUACAUGUAAUAGAAUUUACAUUGCUGUACUAAUUCAUAAAAAGGGGAUCUGGGGUCUUGUGAUUCUUUCUUUGAAGUUCUUGUCUUCUCAUUGGAAAUCAAAGAAAUAAAGGUCUAGAUUGCAG